AUGGAACUUCCAUCGGAAUCAAAAGAAGACUACCUAUACUGGAAACAUCAUCAGUCAGGGAGAUACAGUGUCAAAACGGGGUAUUACUUUCUCUGUAAAGAUCAGGUGAUUGACAACUUCUCCUUUUCUACAAAAAGUGAAAACUUUACUAAAAUUAUCUGGAGAUUGAAUAUCUUACCUAAAUGGAAGAUAGUCCUUUGGAAACUCAUCCAUGAUGGAUUAGCGGUAAAGGUUAACCUUACUCACAGAGGAAUAGCGAUCAAUGCGAUGUGCGAUUUUUGUGAGUUGGAUAUGGAGGAUAGCCAACAUUUGUUCCGGUUUUACUCUCUGGCAAAAGCUGUCUGGGAGAAUAGUCCUAUGACCUUUUGCCAUGAUAUGACUGGUUUCCCUUCUCUUCGAAGUUGGAUCCAACACUUUAUCCUGCUCUUCUAUAGCGAGGAUGGUAAACAUAGUGCCCGUAUCACCAGGCUUAUUGCAACUCUGUGGGGUCUAUGGCUUGCAAGAAAUAAAAGAAUAUUCAAUAGGGAUGAGAUUACAAUAGCAACGACUACAGAACUGGUUAAUAUAGCUCUUAAGGAACACGAGGUGUUCACUGGAGGGACUACGGACAAGUCAUCUACUAGGGCGGGGAUUGGAUGGGCUACAUCUGGGCAUAACCAGUCUCACACCUUUGAUGGAGGAGGUAGAUAUGGCACGGCUUCUUCGGCUUUACAUUGUGAGACUUGGGCAUGUCUAGAGGCAAUCAAAUGGGUUAUUUAUCAAGGAAAGGAGGAAGUUCUCAUUCUUUCUGAUUCAGCCCUGUUGCUUGAGAAUUUAAGAAGCGAACGAGGACAUGAUAUUUCGAUUGUGUGGAUGAUUGAAGAUAUUAGAACUAAGGCAGCCCAUCUGAGGAUUUGCAUUAUUAGUAAGGUAAAGAGGGAUCAGGUGCAACAGGCUAAUGAUAUCGCAAAAAAGUGCCGGUGCACGCUCUCUAAUUUGGUGCUUUAG